AUAAUUUGAAAGCUGUGUCUUAAUGAACAAAUUAGUUUUAUGAAGUUGAAAUUCAACCAUAACAGCGAGGGGAGUUCCAUGGAUUAACUAUAUGGCAUAUAGAGAUUUUUUAAGGUUAAAAAAUCUCACUUCACUCACUCCAAGUCUUUCCAACGCAAUAAACAGUAGUCGAUACAGAAGAGAUGAAUGUAGAUUUAUUCGUAAAAGAUUGCAGCAAUAAAGAAAGUAAAGAUUAUUUAACAUGGAAUAAAAGGGAAUUUGAAAUUUUCAAGAGAAUGGUAAUCGAGCAGAAUAUAAAUUGUCGUUUAGACGAUAUGUUUCUCUUGAGCUUCCUUAGAGCCAGAAAAUUCGAUAAAGAAAGAGCAAUUAAAUUAUUAAAAAAUUAUUACUCUACGAGAAAAAAAUAUCCGAAUAUAUUCGAUAAAUUUAAUCCUGCUGCCGUGAAAAAAUAUCUUGACAUGAAAAUAGUUGGUUAUCUCCCUCACACGGAUCAAGAUGGCAGCAUUUUGGGAAUCGGUCGAUGCCCUUGCUGGGACCCUUCGAAAGUACACGUCAGUGAAGUCGUAAAAUGCUUCAUGAUGUUUAUAGAUAUGGCAAUAACGGGACAUAUAAUUCAAGUCAACGGAAUUGUGAUAAUUCUGGAUGCCAAAACAUUAUAUUGGAGACAUGUUUUGCAAUUAACACCAACUACAUUAUACUGCAUAGUUUCCAUUGUUUUUCAAUCCACUCCGAUUAGUUAUAAAGCAAUUCAUGUCAUAAAUAUUGGAACUUUUGUAUAUGCCUUUUAUACAGCAUUUCGGCUAUUUCUUCCCUAUAAAAUGAAGAAAAGAUUGCAUUUUCACAGUUCUGGAAUAGAAUCUCUGCACAAAUUCAUCUCUCCCCAGCAUCUUCCAGUAGAAUAUGGUGGACAAUUACCUCCUCUCGAUCUUACCGAAUGUAACGAAAAUAUAAUUAAAUUUCAAGAAUAUUUUGAAGAAAAUCAGAAAUAUUUCAGCUAAAGAAAAAUAUAAUUGGAAUGCUUUUAGGAAUCUAUCCAAAAAUCAUAUAAAAUCGUUAUCAUUUUUAACAACAAUUCACUCAUUGCCAUUAAAUUCAGCGCACCAAGAAGGAGUUGUCGCAACGCUGAAAAUCCGGCAUGCAGAUAAGUCUCAAACAGAUAUAGAAAUGGUUAGAGUUAUAGCGUUAUAGCCAUCUGUCCGUACCAUUUAGAGGCACCAGGUUGAGGAACAUUUGGUAUUGCAGCAGCCAUUAGGUGUGCUGCCAUCGAGGUUACCUACUGUUGCCUCCGUUUGGAGAUUGGACCGCAAUGGGAUUAGACCGCAAUUGGACCGACAGGAUUGGACCACAAUGGAAUGGAGCCGGGUCGUCUACAGCGACAAAUCCAGACUCAGUUUAGUCACUGACAGCGGCGGCGAUUUUGUCUGAAGGUUCCGUAGUGAACGCUUCAAUCUGUCUACGCUUUUUAGUGGCACAGCGUCUCCACAGCUGGUAUGAUAAUCUGGGGUGCCAUCAUAUACACCUUUAUGUUAAAGACAUCCUGCAGCCACAUGUGUUGCCUUUCAUGGCAGGGCUCCCAAGAGCCAUUUUCCAACAGGACAAUGCUCGACCACACGCGGCAAGGGUGUCACAUGGCUGCCUCCGCUAAAUUGCAACAUUUCAUUGUCUACUCGGUCUGAUUUGCCACUGGUCGAACUUGUCUGGGAUUACUUGGGACACCAAGUUCGACUGCCUAUGAGUUUGUCCGAACUAGAGGACCACUUGCAGCAAAUGUGAACUGAAAUGCCGUAGGACAACAUACAUCACCUGUAUGCCUCCACGCCCGCCAGUAUCACAUCGUUUAUUCACGUUAGAGGUGGCCCAAUAGAGUACUAGAACCGCCUUUCAUUUGUAAUUUUUUCUGUAGUAAAUGAUCAUUUUGCUUUCAUUUUAAAUCACUAACUUAUAUCAUUGUUACACACACAUCUACGGACAACUUCAUGAUGCGGUAAUUUUUAUUGUAAUUAGUGUAUAUAAAGUUAUUUUUACGUAUGAUGUAUUAAUUAAUUAUACAAAUAAAUUUAUGUAUGAUGUAGAUAUAAUAUAUUUCCGUUUACUAAUACAUUUAAUAUACGUAAUGUGAAAGAUUCACGUAACGGGAUACUUUAUGCGAGUGUUAUGGAUAAAUACGGUAACAAGAAAAACGAGAAUUUGGCUUCUUUUGGGCACAAUUUGAAAGGAAUUUUGAAGUUAAAGAUUAUUUUUGUAUUAAAACGUAUCCAUAGUGUCUUUCAUUGAGGACAGUUUGUUUUUCAUUUGUGAUUUUUCAAAUGAAACCUGGUAAUAGUGAGGAGGAUAAGUGAGUAGGUGGAUCAUUCUUAUCCACAUGUAGCCAAAUUAUGGAUUUAUAGAGUUAUUUUAAUUACUUUUUCUAGAAUAAUAUAUAAAAUAAAACCAUGGCUGUACGUUAAAAUGUUAUGCUAAUAAACAUAUAAUCUUUUUGCAGCAAUAAAUAACGUUAUGCUGUAUUUUAAUUAUCACUAUAGUUUAACUACCUAAUUUUAUUUUUGUACUCAAUAUUUUUAAUUAUAUUAUAUUAUGUAAUAACACGGUUAAUAAAGAACACAA